GCGCUGUGUACGUGACGCCUGCGUGCGUGCGUGCGCUGGUAAACAGAUGCCAUGUUGGUUUCGUAGAGAUGAAGACGUGCGGAACAUUAUGGAGAGAGAUUUCUGCUCUUUAACAGAUUCUGAGGAGCUGCGCAGCUUCAUCACACACUCGGAGAGGACCAAGACGCUGUUCGAGGAGAUCCGCGCCUCCAUCAGUAAUAACACGGAGGGCGAGCGCUCGUUCUGGCGUCCGGUUCUGCCGUGGGGCGGUGUGUUCACCAUCAGAGCGGGACGCAAGGCCAUCGCCUGCACGCCGCUGUACGUCAAGAUCACCCUGAAGAACACCUGCACCAUCGACGGCUUCCUCAUGCUCCUCUACGUCAUCCUGAGAGACAACCACAGCUUCCCUCGAGAGCUGGGUCUGUUCCUGGGCCGCCGCUUCGUCCAGCACUUCCUGUACCUGAUGGACUCCUGCGAGUACACCACCGUCAAGAUGCUGUGGAUCUGGGACCGCAUGUCCAAGCGGCAGUACCGCUCCGCGGUCCACCACACGGCACUGGAGAUCGACCUGUUCGGCAACGAGCACGAGAACUUCACCAAGAACCUGGAGAACCUGAUGUCUAGCGCGCAGGAGAGCUGCUGCUCCAGCUGGACCUGCCCCAACCGCUUCCAGGAGCAUCUUCACCGGACCAUCAGUGUCAAUCCUCCUCAGGAGCUUCCAGAUAAAGAUCCCAUCCAGUCAGCGCUGGACGAGUUCUUCUGCCCGCGGCUGGAGCUCUGUGAAGAGCUGGAGUGCGAGGGUCUGAGGGAGUUCGGUCAGAGGUUCUUCUGUCACGGCCCGCCGCCCUUCGUCAUCCUCAACAUGCAGAUGUGGCAGUCGGAGGAUCUGUCGUACGUGCCGUAUCACCUGGAGCUCUCCGAACAACGGUACUCACUGGAGGGAGCCACGCUCUUCAACAGAGAAGAGCAUCAUUAUUCAGCAGCGUUUCAGAUCGACGGCUUCUGGAUGCACUACGACGGCCUGCGCAGCGACAACCUGGUGCUGCUGGACAAACCUCCCGAGUUCCUGCUGCUGUCCUCGCUCGUCUACAUCAGGACCUCAGAGCGAUGAACACAAUAUUCCCUUAAAAACUGAACUCUACUUCUUAUGACAGUAUAUUUUUGUGCUUUCCAGUCAUGUUUUAUACUCCUCUAAAUGAUUGACUUUUGUAUUUUUGUAAGCGAUUCUCUGGUCUGUUUUCUACUGCUUGGAAUCCAAGAGUAUGUGACGGUGGACUAUAAUAGUUCUGUGGAUCAGAAACCUUCACGCAGUGCAGAAACACCUGUCAUCCACACACGGACACAGACAGAAGAUCUAAUAACUCAUAGAAUCCGCCCUGUAAAGAAAGUUACUUGUUUUUAAUCUUUUAUUAUUGUUGGUUUAAAGCUCUUUAUCUACUUCACUACCUGCACUCAUCAUGACUAGAUGGAUUACUAGGUUUAGUUGAGGAUUCGUUUACUGAAGCAUGGCAACAGAACAUUACAGAUGUGGUGUAAAUCAAUGUGCAUUAAUACUUUUAUAAUCAACAUCAAAUAUCAGUCAGAUAUUGUAUCUGCUGUCCAUGCAAAUAAAAGUUUUUAUGUUUGUAA